CUACAGCGCGUACGUGCGGGUGCCACCGAAAGAGUGCUGCUGAGAGCUGUGACGUUUUGUGCCGUCGCGCGCGUGUGCUAAAGGCAAAUACAUAUGACAAAUACUUGCGCAUACACACACACACAUGCAAAUGUGUCUGUCUAUAUAUAUGUGUAAUUUAAUUAACUUGCAUUUUGCAUUCAGUGCCAAUUAAUGCAUAAUUGCAUUACAAUUACAAUUUCAAUUACUAUUGUUAAUUUUUGAAGUGAAACUUAAUGCGUUAUGCUGCCCCGUGCCAAAUUCGCAACAAAUUAACAACAACAAAAAUCAUAAGAAACAAAACAAACAAAUACAACAAGAAUCGCGUGAGCUAACAGCUGCAGAUGGAAAGCAACGCAUUUGUCAGCAGCCAUUUGCCAUCACAAGCGCUUGUUGUACUAUCGGAGGCCGCUUCCGGUUUGCAUGAGGCACUGCGUGGCCAACGUCCGUUUCCAGCAAGAUUACCUGACGCCAAAGAUCUACACAACAUGUCACUAGUCGGCAACUAUAGCACCCAAUUUCUACACAACUUCCAUCCGCAUCUGCUGCAGACGCUCAACCAUGGAAUGCUGGCGGCAAAUGGAGCAGCUGCCGCCGCCGCUGCGGCCGGUGCUCCGGGCGGGUAUUUCGCCAGCGAGCGCUCGCCGCUGGGGAAGCCGUCGGUGCUGUCGAAUUUCUCGCUGCCGUCGGCCUUCUCGCCGCCCAAGUAUAUUGGCAUAUCCCUGGAUCAGAAUCUUUUCAAUGGCAACGAAUCAUUUCGCACGGAUUCGGCCAGCCCCACGUGCACAUCACACGAAUCCAUGGAGGGAUCACAGGAUUACGAUGCCGUUGAAAAGGGUGAAAGUCCGCGCAGCAAUAACUCUCAGGAUCCCAGGGAUUUAAGACAUCUGCACAAUGUGAGCAAAGCGCAUACGAUUGCCUCCUCCUCGACAGCAUCCAGCAGCUCGUCGUCCUCCUGCUCGACCAGCUCGGCGGCAGCGGCAGCGGCGGCAGCAGCAGCCAUUAGCUCGGCGGCCGUGGCUGCGGCCACCAGCAGCGCAGUCGUCUCCAUGGCCACGCAUUUGGCCAGUGCGCAUCAGUCGUCGCCGGGUCACCAUCAUCCGCAUCCACAUCCGCAUCAGCAUCAGCAUCAUGGGCAUCAUGUGGGCGCCGGCGGUGGGCAGCUGCAGCCGCCCACGCACCACCAUAUGGUGCAUGCCCAUCCACAUCCGCUGACCCAUCAUCAUGCCGCGCUGGCCAGUCUGGCCGGACUGCGUGCAAUGCCGGGUGGCAUGAGCCUGGUCAGCGGUUUGCAGGCGGCGGCUGCCGGUGGCGCCAUACCCGAUCUCUGUCCCGUCUGUGGACUGAAGCUGAGCCCCGAGGAAUGGCAUACGCACUUCCUCACCGAGCUGGACCGCCUGUACAAGCUGAGCGCCGGCUUCGAGCGCGCCAAUCUCCAGGCCACCUACAUGUUCGCACCGCCCUGCCCAGCCCAGGAGAAUGCCAUACGCACCAGCCACAAUCGCUGGGAGACCUUUCAGCGCAUUCGCAACAAUCGACAGAAUCGACUGCGGCUGAAGGUGCGCAAGCGUAAGUACGGCGAAAUGUACAUGAUGGAGAGUCUCUACUGUAGCAGCUGUCCCAUAUGCAAGCGCAAAUAUGCGCUGGAGACAGGGAAACUGCCUCCAGAGGAGGACGCCAAGAUGCAGGAUGAAAUCGAAACGGUGGAUGUGGAGAGCUGCAACGAUGAUGUGCCGGACUCUGGCUCGGAGCUGCCAACGGCAGCUGGUGGUGCAGGUGCACUGACGCCCAAUAUGCCGCCCUCCAGCAUGCACAACUCGAACGCCCAGCCGGGCAAAUUGGAUGGCAUACUUUAUCGCACGGCGUGCGUUAUUAACCAGAAGGAUGCGCAUGGAGAUGAGCAGGAUGUGAGCACCAACGUGACGGCAGCCAGCAGCAGCAGUGUCAGCUGGUCGGGCGAGACAACGGCCAGCACUCAGGCGCACAUCAGCGUGAAAAACGUCAGCGAGCUGUCAUCUACCACACAUCACUAUUACAAUGCAGACUCCUGCGGCGUGGGCGUGGCUGAGCAUAGCAACAGCGCCAACAGCAGCAGCAACAACAACAACAACAGCAGCAACAACAACAAGGAGCUAAUGAUGGAUACGGCCAUGUGCCAGAACGACAGCGAUGAGGAUGUCAUUGUGGAUGACGAUGAAACUGUGAAAAUGACGACCAAGUCGCACAGCUUUAAGCGACGGCUGGAGGAUAAUGUGGCCAGCAGCCGCAGCUUGGAAAACAUUUCGCCCAACGAGGAGCGUCCGCGAUCGGAGCCACAGGUUAGCAGCACCGAGCCAGGGCCAAUGGAUAUCUCACACAGCAGCAACAACAACAAUAACAACAAUAAUAACAACAACAACAACAACAAUACGACAACUGCAAUCAAAUAUGCGGAGACCAUGGAGAACAGUCUGUCGCAGCUAUCAUCAAUGGGCGUGCCGGGAUUAACACAAUUGGACACAAAGGUGGGAAUUAGUUCGGAUUUAAAACCGGACGAUGAAAACAAAUGUUUCAUUUGUAAGACAGGCAUAAAGGAUCUCAACACAGAUGCGUUUCUACGCGGACGUAAUUUCUAUUUCCAUCAGAGCUGCGCCAAUGUGAUGAGCAGCUAUAGGCUCAACAAGGAGCUGCUCAGCCAGGCGCAGGCACAGAGGGAGGCCAAUGCGGCGAAUGCGGCGAAUACGCCGCGCAGCUUGUCGCCAUCGCCCGCACAGUCGCCGCAGCAGAGCGCUGCCACCCCGGCCAUGGAGUAGACGGCGAAUUGAGCAAUCAAAGCGUGAAUUUAUUACAGUUAAUUAAUUCAAAUAUUGUGGUAGCUAAUGAAACAAGUUAAGCGAAUAUCAUGUUUAAUUGGGCAUGUCAAACGCUCGCCCCAAAGCGGGCAACAGUUUUUGUCUCGAUUCCUUUCUGCGGUGCUGCCCAAAAGCGAGCAACCAAUUAUUUCUAAAAAUAUUUAUUUAAUUUGUUUAUUUUUUCCCCUUUCGCUAUGUAAAUUUACGAUAUAUUUUU